GGUUUGACAAGCGUUUAUGGGCAGGGAUGACACACUCAACCGACAUCGACCGACGCGCUUGACAACAGAGUUAAACUGCGAGUCUGCUGGAAAAUACGCGAUGUUUACACCUGCGAUUUAAAUACAGUUUAUUUGCGUUACUAGAUGACGUUUACUAUUUUGUUAUAAACAAUUAGUAGCGGAAAAUUUUAAUCAAGUAAAAAUUGCUUCUAGGUCGGGUUUCCCUGUCAACUCCAGUACCCCAAUAAACCCCAUCAUGAACCCCAUGAACCCGGGUCACAGCAGCGGCAUGAGAAUGCAAGCAAUGCCUCAGAAUUCACCCUACAGGGGUAUGGCCAGCACCCCGAACCAGUACCACCAGCGCCCAACUAUGCCACCCAACCGAGGAUUACCAAUGGGAGGCAUGGGGUCUAUGGGCUCCCCCAUGCCUGGUCCAUCCUAUAGUGGAGGCAUGCCUAUGCGGCCUGGGAUGCCUCAGGCCCCGAUGGACCCCACUCGAAAAAGACUCCUUCAGCAGCAGCCUGUUGGUCUUAUGGGCCCCAGAAGGGGAGUUAAGCGACGUAAGAUGGCUGACAAAGUUCUCCCACAGAGGAUCAGGGAUCUGGUCCCAGAGUCUCAGGCUUACAUGGACCUUUUGGCCUUUGAGAGAAAGCUGGACCAAACUAUUGCUCGCAAACGCAUGGAGAUACAGGAAGCCAUUAAGAAGCCUAUCACGCAAAAGCGAAAACUGAGGAUAUACAUUUCCAACACGUACACACCUGCCAAACCAGAAGGGGAGGAGGCUGAAAAAGUGGCAUCGUGGGAACUACGAGUGGAGGGCAAACUCUUGGAAGAUCCUGGGAAACAGAAAAGAAAGUUUUCAUCCUUCUUUAAAAGCCUUGUCAUUGAACUGGACAAAGAACUUUAUGGCCCAGACAAUCAUCUGGUGGAGUGGCACCGAAUGCCCACAACCCAGGAGACGGACGGCUUUCAGGUGAAGAGACCUGGAGAUGUGAAUGUGAAAUGCACUCUUCUGCUCAUGCUGGACCACCAGCCUCCACAAUAUAAACUGGAUCCUCGUCUGGCUCGACUUUUGGGCGUCCACACUCAGACCAGAGCGAGUAUCAUGCAGGCCCUGUGGCUUUACAUCAAAAACAACAAGCUACAGGACUGCCAUGAGAAGGAGUACAUUAAUUGCAAUCGAUACUUCAGACAGAUUUUUGGCUGCCCCAGGAUGAGGUUUUCUGAUAUCCCAAUGAAGCUCGCCAGCCUCCUCCAGCACCCUGACCCCAUUGUUAUCAAUCACAUGAUCAGUGUGGAUCCCAAUGACCAGAAGAAGACCGCCUGCUUUGACAUCGAUGUUGAGGUGGACGACCCGCUGAAGGCUCAGAUGACCAGCUUCCUGUCAUCUACAACUAAUCAGCAGGAAAUUGCUGCUUUGGAGAUGAAGAUCCACGAGACUAUUGAAUCUAUAAACCAGCUGAAGACCCAGAGAGACUUCAUGCUAAGCUUCAGUAACAACCCACAGGACUUCAUCCAGGACUGGCUCAAGUCUCAGAGCAGAGACCUCAAGCUGAUGACAGACACUGUUGGGAACCCGGAAGAAGAGAGGAGAACCGAGUUUUACCACUCACCCUGGGUCACAGAAGCUGUUGGACGCUAUGUGUUUUCAAAGGUCCAGCAGAGGAGACAGGAAUUGGAACAGGUACUGGGAAUCCGACUCACAUAAGCAUCAGACGCCAAACCUGCUGUCACAUGAUGACUUAGCUCUCCAAUUACAUCUGAUAAUAAAUAGUUUUGUGUAAAAAAUGGAGGCACUUGAUCUAGAUGUUCUCAGAUGCUGUUACAUAGCAGACAAACUGGAACACCUUAAUAUGGUUUUUCAGUCUUAUGUAUUCUGAGAUAAAAUAUGAUAAUAAGCCAUUCAAUGCAUGUUAAUUACUUUAUGACAUAAGUGUAUUAAUUGCAUUUUGUCAUGCAGUAACAUUUUCCUAAAAAUGUUUCUGUUUUUCGAUAUUUUACAGUAUAAUUACUGUAGCUUAUUCAGUAAAAAAACCUUGCAGAAGCAAACAAUGCAAUACAGCUUUUUGUCCACUUUGUUUUUACUGUAUAAAUAUGUGUUCAUGCUCAGUGUACCUGUGCCACUUUAUUUCUAAAAAUGUUUUUAAUUCAGGCUCUUAUAUUUUCAAAUAUAUUGCACAAUAUUAAGAUUUAAGUGCAGUUACUUGUGAUUAAGUAGAUUAGUUAUGGAAAUGCAGUGUUUUUUGGAAAUGUACAAUGUAUUUUUGGUCUCUCAGGAAAAUAUGCGCUGCACUGUGUUAAAGAGCCAUGUUUUUGUGUUUCCACUCCGGUGGGAAAUGCAGCACAUUUGGUUGUCCAACUGUUUUACUUCAGUAUGCAGCCUUUUUGUCUUCAUCUUGUUUGUGUUUAGAUUUUUUGAUUUUAGACUUUUGCCAGAUUUGUGAAAAACAAUGUUUUAAAUGUGCAAGCAUCAUAUCUUUUGUUUUACAGGUAUUCAAAGCCAUAUUUGUUGUUUUGUGUUGGGAAUUUUCUGUUGUAAUGUUUGUUGCCAUUUAUAUUAGUGGUUGUUUCUAUUGGUAUAGGCAUUAGUGUUUCAGCAAGUGCAGUUAUGUUACGAGGAAUAUUUGGGUUUGUAAUGCAAGUCAAUCUUUAUUAAUAGCAUCUGUGGUCAUUGUGUUAAUGAUCACAGAAAUACUUUGAACAGUUAGCACUUAAGUUCAUUUCAUGAGGUACGAGUCAUAAUCAUCAUCUUUUGUGAUUGACAACAUGUUACAGAUGCUAUUCAUACUGUAGCGUUUUGUAUGUACAUUUACAUUUGUGAAUGUAAAGCAUUCCUUUCAAUUACUUUUUUUUCUAUAACUAAGAUUCUUUCUUUUUUGUAAAUGCAGUGAAAAUCUUAAAACUUGAGUUCCUUUUUGUAUCAAUCCAAUGCUUGCUUUUUUGUACUUUUUUACUGGGAAAUUAGAGCAUUUUAAAAAAUAAAGCUAUUUCCAUAAUGGGGAAGUGAAAUAUUUAAU